AUGCGAAUGGACAAAAUAGAAGUUUUACUGGAGGUGUUCGGCCAAGAAAAGGUGGAAGAUUACUAUAUGGAUACGCAAUACCACCACCGAAUGUACAUUCCACCGAUUGGAGGGAUAUGUUGUCGAUCACAGAAUUUCGGGAUAGGGCACGAGAAAACGGAGUACCGAUGUGGAUGUGGUCGCCUCCAAUCUGCACACAUCGAUAUUCCAUCGCUGACCAGCUCAUUUCUCAAUCAACAUUCAAACGAUGCUCUGAGCAGGAGGAAGGACAAUGACAGUGAUCAAAAUGAACCCGAUGAGCAGUCUGAAACACCGAGGCGACGAGGUCACCGAUCUAGCAAGCUUGGGGAGCGAUGGAGCUUGAAAAAACAUACAAUUUGCCUACCAACCAAUGCUUUUGGAACGAUUGAAUUCCAAGGUGGUCCCCACCAACAUAAAGCACAAUAUGUUCGAUUAGGAUUUGAUACUGACCCAGCCCUCAUUAUGUCGAUGUUUGAGGAGGUUUGGCAAAUUGCUCCACCAAAACUGAUCAUUUCUGUCCACGGAGGAAAGAAUCAUUUUGACCUCCAACCAAAACUAGCGCAAGCAUUCCGCAAAGGUCUCCUGAAGGCAGCAAUGACAACCGGUGCUUGGGUUAUAACCAGCGGAGUGAACACCGGUGUUGUACGACAUGUGGCUGCAGCUUUUGAAGGAACAAGCUCCAGUUCCCGCAACAAAGUGGUGUGUAUAGGUAUCUCGCCGUGGGGUUUAUUGGAGAAGAGAGAUGAACUGAUUGGAGAGGUAGGUGACUUUGCAAAAAGUGCUGCUUUUCCUGAGAAUAUUUGUGUUCCAUAUCCAUUCUCUAGUAAAACUAGUUUCACUGCCUUGAACAAUCGACAUUCAUACUUUCUUCUCGUAGAUAAUGGCAGCGUUGGAAGGUACGGAGCUGAAGUUAUUCUCCGGAAGCGUCUUGAGACCUACAUCGCCAAAAAGCAAAAGAUUUCUGGUGGCUCCAGGAGUGUACCUGUGGUCUGUGUAAUACUAGAAGGAGAUAGCUGCACGAUCAGAUCAGUGCUGAAUUACGUCAUAAAUGUGCCACGAGUGCCUGUUGUUGUUUGUGAUGGAAGUGGACGAGCGGCCGAUCUGCUUGCUUUCGCACAUCAAACUGUCAGAGAAGAUGGAUCCUUGCCACAUGGUGUACGACUACAGCUAGCUGAGCUAGUUCGACGAGUUUUUGAUUGCGGAGGUACAAAUGCUGAUAAGCUUGUCACUGAGCUCAUAAUGUGUACCCAACAAAAGCACUUGAUGACUGUAUUCCGAUUGGGCGAGAAAGGAAAUGAAGAUGUUGAUCACGCCAUUCUCAGUGCUCUUCUGAAGGGACAAAACCUACCUCCUGCAGAUCAGCUAGCGUUGGCCCUUGCUUGGAACCGUGUUGACAUUGCUAGAUCCGAUAUCUUCACCUCAAAUCAGGACUGGCCACAAUCAGCACUUCAUAGCGCAAUGAUGGAGGCGCUGAUCAAUGAUCGAGUAGAGUUUGUGCGAUUGUUGCUUGAAAAUGGUGUCAAUAUGCAACGUUUUCUGACGAUUGGACGGUUGGAAGAUCUGUACAAUACGGAUCAAGGGCCACCAAAUACGCUAUACUAUAUAGUCAGAGAUGUAGUGGAAGUGCGACCAGGCUAUCGAUAUAAAUUGCAACAUAUCGGUUUGGUCAUGGAAAAACUUAUGGGACAUGCGUACAAAUCUUCCUAUACCACUGCGGAAUUCCGAUCGAAAUGCAUUGCUUUUAUUAAGUACAAGGCUAAAUCCCUGGCGGCAGCGAAAGGAUCUGUGCCGGUCAUUAAUAGUGGCGGACGUUCGUGCGGAGGUUCCGCAGCGCUGUCGCGACAGUCGACGGAGCCUAGCGGAUGCACAGCUCCUCCGCCAGCGGGUGAUUCACACGAAUAUUAUAGCGAAUUUGAUGAUGGAGAAAUUUCCAACACGGGAGGAUCAGGCAGCGGUUUAAAAGAGUACGAGUUUCGCUAUCCGUUCAAUGAGCUUUUGAUAUGGGCCGUAUUGACAAAAAGACAAGAAAUGGCCAUGUGCUUAUGGCACCAUGGCGAGGAAGCUCUAGCAAAGGCUCUCGUUGCUUGCCGUCUAUACAAAAGCCUUUCGAGAGAAGCAGCCGAAGACUAUCUUGAAGUAGAAAUUUGUGAUGAGUUGAGGAAGUAUGCUGAAGAGUUUCGAGUUUUGUCUUUGGAAUUACUGGAACAUUGCUACCAUCAGGAUAAUGCACUGACUCUACAGUUGCUGACACAUGAGCUGUCGAACUGGGGCUGCCAAACCUGCCUUUCCCUUGCCGUCAUGGUCAAUAACAAGCAAUUUUUGGCGCAUCCAUGCUGUCAAAUCCUGUUAGCCGACUUAUGGCACGGAGGUUUGCGUAUCAGAAGUCACUCAGAUCUCAAAGUCCUUUGCGGCUUGUUGUUUCCAAUAUCAAUCCUCAUGCUGGAGUUUAAGACAAGAGAGGAGCUUCUCAAUCAGCCGCAGACGGCUGCUGAGCAUGAGCAGGAUCUGAAUGAGAGCAGCAGUUCGUCAAGCUCCAGCUCCAGUCUAUCCGAAGAUUCGAGCUCCAGCUUUUUUGAUGAUGAAGAGGAGGAAGAAAAGGAUAUGGAUAACAAUCAGAAACGAAAUCGGUGUGUUACCCAUGAAAGUGUGCAGUCACUUAACAUCACAUCUCUAUUCCAUACUCGGAGAUGGAAGAAGAUGACAAAAGAUGACCGCGAAGCAGAUGUCAGUGAAACUGCAAAGCCGGAUUGUCCUGAAUAUGGAUCAUCAGCGAAUGCUCCCUCCUCUCCGACACCACUACCGUACACCAAAAAGCGAACGCGAGCGCCAUCCUAUCGUCUCAAUGGCGUUAUUCCAAAGAAUGAAGCACGAAAGAAUUCUGCUUUUAGCUCUACAAAUAGCAUAAAGAAAACUGGAUCGGUGGCAGUGACGAAAGAAAGUGAUAAUCCUUUCAAUAAUCGUCCGGGUUUUCUUAUGACCGCUGGACCAAAUAUACCUCGAAUGCGACCAAUCAAACUACGCCGACGUUUAUAUGAAUUCUAUAUGGCACCUAUCACUACAUUCUGGGUUUGGACUAUCUCUUUCUGCUUAUUUCUCACUGCUUUUACAUAUGUCCUUCUUGUUCGAACACCAAAAAAUCCUACCUGGCUGGAAUGGGUUUUAUUCGCUUAUGUGAUUGCCUUUGGAAUAGAACAUUUUCGGAAGUUUCUCAUGUCCGAAAUGCAACCCUUUGGUCAAAAGCUCAAGUAUUUCUUUUACGACUACUGGAAUAAAGUUACUGCCAUUGCUGUUGUAUCUUUCUUGUUUGGGUUUGGGAUGCGGGCUUUUGGUGUAACAACGACUGGGCGGGUAAUUUUGGCCUGCAGUUCGAUUCUAUGGAUAAUGAAAUUGUUAGACUACAUGAGUUUACAUCCACGCAUGGGAGCCUAUGUCACUAUGGCUGGGACGAUGAUUCGAAAUAUGAUCUACAUCGUGAUUAUGUUGGCAGUAGCGCUAUUUGCUUUUGGUCUUGUUCGGCAGUCCAUUACAUAUCCUAAAGAAGAUUUUCAUUGGCUUUUGGUGCGAAACAUCUUUUACAAGCCAUACUUCAUGCUGUAUGGUGAACUAUAUGUCGAAGAAAUUGACACUUGUGGGGAUGAAGCUUGGGAAACCCAUCUGGAGAAAGGUGGACCCAUAGUAAACAGUACAUAUGGUGCCACUUGUGUGCCUGGGUAUUGGAUUCCACCAUUGUUGAUGGUUUUCUUCCUGUUGCUUGGAUUUGUCUUGCUAAUGAGCAUGCUCAUUGCUAUGAUCAACCACAUUUUCGACGAAGCCAAUGAGAUAGCUCAGCAACUCUGGCUUUUCGAGCGGUAUCGCCAGGUUAUGGAAUAUGAGAGUACACCGUUCCUACCACCUCCAUUCACUCUCAUUAGGCACGUCAUCAUGGUUUUAUGCUAUGUGAAGUGGAAACUCUGUACGGCUCGGCAUGAAGUGGAUCCGGAUGGGAAUCGUCAAAAGAAAAUAUUUGACUUCAGUCUGAAGGUCUUCCUGAAAGACGAUCAAUUAGAGAAAUUGCACGAUUUCGAGGAAGAUUGCAUGAAUGACUUAGCGAGAGAAAAAGAGCUUCGAAAUUGCACCAGCAAUGAAGAGCGAAUACUGCGGACUGCUGAGAGAAUGAUUCUUAACCGGCUUAACGAUAUCGCUCUAAAAGAAACAAAUACCCGCGAGACGGUUACCGAAUUGGAUACCAGGAUGAUGGCUAUUGAGAAAACCCAGACUGAAAUUUUGGAAUGCCUUCGAGCUCUGAUGUCAACUAAUAUGCCAGCGUCACCUACGCCCGAUGACCGACCAUAUGAGCACUCCCAGUCUGUGCUUGUGGUAUCCGACGCUGGCUCUGCAGCUGAAGGUCUCGCUCCGCUGCCGAUAUCCCUGCAAAAGCGUGUGAAUACAGUAUCUGGUACCGGUGCGCAUAGUUCCACCGACGAUCCCAAUCUGCUAUCCCCUCGCCCAUACGAGCGAAAAUGUGGCAGUAUGUUGUCACUUGAUCCUCCGCUGCCUUCUCCUAUGAAGAUAGGAAGCGUGAGACGACGGCACGAAGAAUACACCACCAUUACUGACUCCAUUUCCAUUCAUAAGGAGGGUAGAAACUUGCGACAGAGACGAUCGCUCUCUACGGAUCAUCCUGAGGGUGACCAUAGUGAUGGUGAAGGAGGAUCACAUGAUAAACGGGAGAGCUCAGCCCGUCCGAAGAGAUCUACAGCAGAUAAAAUAGCUGAGGAGACCGACCACUCACGACUGCUAGAAGAAGAGGAACUAGCAGAUUGUCAAUUGACGGAUAUAUCUUCUGAUGUCGAUGAUGUUGCCGUAAACCUCACCGAGGAAGAGCCAGAACUUCACACUAGCUUUGAUGAUUCUAAGAUAGAAACCCAUUUUCUCCAUUUUCUCUUUAUAAUUCUUUAGGAAGUUAUUUCCUUUUUCUACUGUUGAUAUGGACGACUAUAAGCAAUUUGAUUCAUAAAUUCACUAAGAUAGUUAGAUUGUAGCGAUUAUCUUACCGGCAGAGAAAACUUGAUUUGAGGCACCGUCCACCCAAACUGAGGAUGUUGAGAUUUUGAAUAUAGUAGUGGGUUUCCUAAGUAAGCAGUCGCCCAUGUUCCGCUGCAAAAGAUGAAGUUCGUAGCGAGAAACCGUUCCAGAAUGUGGAAGCGUCCCAGGCUUCGCCCAUCAACGUAGAUGGCAUGAAGAUAAUAAGCCAAUAAUUGAGGUUCAUUUUAUCCAAAAUUGUUGUAAAUCCGCC